UAGUUUGUCCUGGUUCACUUCUCUGCAGAAUGAUUUUUAGAGCACCAGAUGCUUCAAAGCUUUUAUCCUGAGGAAGGUCCAGGACCUGUCAAGUUUGAGGAUAAAAACAGAUUGGCUGUUAAUGAGCAUAUCAUCCAGGAUGUGGUGACUGACGCAAAUCCCAAGGAGGAAUCCACAGCUGAUUCAAAAGGCGACAUGAAAGGAGCCAAGAAACGGACGGUGUCCUGUUAUAUGUCCAAGCUGAAGGUGUUUCUGGUGGCAUUAUUUUUUGCAUACCUGGCCAAGACCAUGUCUGGGGCGUACAUGAACAGCAUGCUCACACAGAUUGAAAGGCGGUUCAACAUCCCGGCCUCACUGGUUGGAGUUAUCAAUGGAAGCUUUGAAAUCGGUAACUUGCUGGUGAUUGCCUUUGUGAGUUAUUUGGGAUCCAAACUUCACAGGCCACGCAUGAUUGCUCUUGGUUGUGCAGUGAUGGGUUUGGGAUGCUUCUUGAUAUCACUGCCUCACUUCUUGAUGGGAAGGUACCAGUAUGAAAACACUGCUUCUUUAGUGGAAAACUCUUCUUCUUUAAGUAUGGCUCUCUGCCUUGCAAAUCAAAGCCAAUUUUCCCUUGCUAGUGAACAGCCCUUAGAAGAAUGUAACAAACAAGCUGGAUCCUUGAUGUGGGUGUUUGUGAUGGUGGGAAACAUCAUUCGAGGAGUGGGCAAAACUCCCAUCACGCCUUUAGGCAUUUCAUUCGUGGAGGAUUUUGCAAGAAGUGAAAAUUCUCCCUUCUAUAUUGGCUGCCUACAGAUAGCUACUGUCUUGGGUCCUUUAUUGGGCUUAAUGAUCGGUUCCUAUUGUGCCCAGCUGUAUGUCGAUUUUGGAUUCAUAGACCUAGAGGAAGUAACAUUAAGUCUCACAGAUGCUCGCUGGGUUGGGGCCUGGUGGUUGGGAGUCCUCAUAUGUGCCGCCGUGAACUUCCUCGUCGCAGUUCCCUUCUGCUUCGUGCCCAAGUCCCUCCCGAAGGAAGGGGAGGAAAAGAGCACUGACAUAUCACCCAAAGGUACUACGUCAUUUCUAGCAACAGAAAAUACCAGCCAUGCCAAAGUGAAUGUCCGUGAAAUCGCUAAAGAUUUCAUCCCUUACCUGAAAAGUCUAGUUCACAACCCAAUUUAUAUGCUUUUCUUAUGCAUCACUGUCAUACAGUUCAAUGCUUACAUUGGGAUGGUUACAUUUAUGCCAAAAUAUCUGGAGCAGCAGUACGGAAUUUCUGCAUCUGAUGCAAUUUUUUUAAUAGCUGUUUAUAAUUUACCAGUUAUAUGCGCUGGAUAUUUCUUUGGCAGCCUGAUGAUGAAAAAAUUCAAGAUAAGCACGUACAAAGCUGCCCACAUUGGCUUUUGGAGUUCUGUGACAGAGUACCUUCUCUAUUUCACUGCCUUUUUCCUGGUCUGUAAAAAUGCUUCUGUUGCGGGCCUAACUGUCUCCUAUGAAGGGAUAGAUCAACUCUCCUAUGUGGAAACAACUUUGUAUACUGACUGUAACCGUGGUUGUAACUGCUCCACCAAGCUGUGGGACCCCGUUUGCGGAGACAAUGGGAUAGCGUAUGUUUCAGCGUGUCUUGCGGGGUGCGAAGUAUCGAAUGGAACUGGAAAACAUACAGCACUUAGAAAUUGCUCCUGUAUUGCAUCACCAGGAUUUCCAUUUGGAAAUGGCUCAGCCAUCCCAGGCCAGUGUAGUAGAGAAGAAAGCUGUGGAACAAUGUUGCACUACUAUUUAAUUUUGUCCUUAGUCUGCUGUUUAAUUUAUUCGUUUGGAGCCAUGCCAGGUUACAUGGUCCUAAUAAGAUCCUUAAAGCCCGAGGAGAAGUCAUUUGGUGUGGGACUCCAUUCCUUGGUUGAAAGAGUUUUCGCUGGCAUCCCGUCGCCUAUUUAUUAUGGAGCUAUGAUUGACACCACAUGCUUGAAAUGGGGAACCAAGAGUUGCGGUGGUGAAGGAGCCUGUCGGAUGUACGAUUCAGACAUGUACAGAUUGCUGUACCUCGGUCUGUCUUCAGUUCUCCGUGCGAUCUCGUACAUCCCUUGUGCCUUCGUACUACUCAUUUUGAGGAAACAGAACAGGAACUGGACAAACGAGAACAUAGAGUUAGAAGCCAAAGAAGAAAAUGGGACAGUGGAACAGAAAGACAUGCCAGAAGCUCAAAAUGCGACACAUUUGCAGCAAGAGACAAUAGAGAUGAAAGACUGCAGAAACACGGACUUGUGAAGGAAAAAAAAAGGAUCAGUGGUAUUUAGAAUAAGGGAUUGUAUUCAAAAGGUUGUAUUCAAGAUGAGUGAUGGAGGUGUAGGUCCUUAAUUUUGUCCAUGUCACCUUUAGUGGUCCUCCCAAAUAUAAACAUUUCAUGCAAGGGGCAGUGGAAGAUUAUUUAUGUUGCUAUUUUGCUUCCAUUGCCAAAGUUGUAUGUUGGACUAUGAUGUGUAUGUUUGCCAACUU